AUGGAUAAUGCAACAGUGGGAUCGACAGCUAUUUUAUCGACAAAUUUAACAUCAUUUGUUUACGAAGAUUUAAUCUUUCAUAUUCAAGCAAUUCAACGAAAAAUGAUUGAAAUUACAAAAUAUCUUCAUGAUCAAUGGAACAAUAAUAAAAAAGUACGAGAGGAAUUAAAAUCACGUUCAAUAACAUUUGUUGACCCAUAUGGAAACUCAGUAACUAAGAAAUAUAUGAAUCAUGAAUUAAUUAGCACAUUGUUUAAACAAUACAAGAAGAAUUAUGUGCCAAAAUAUUUACAAAAUUGGGUGAAAAUUGGAACCAUUAGCGGAAACGUCAUUUCACAAUUGAAUAAUUCUGAACUAAAAUCAUCUGUAUCCAACUAUUCAGAUGGUUAUCGAUUUAUUACAUAUGGCGAAUUAAAUAUCUUGAUAGAAUUCCGAGAAGAUAUACCACGUCAAGAAUAUGUACUUCCUGUUCUCCUAACAGAUAGUAUCGAGAAGAUUAAAAUGCGAAUACAAAAUCUUCGAAAACUUUCCGACAUUGAACUCAAAUCAUUUAUAUUAGACAAAGAUUCUUCAACGAAUAAUCAAAAUUGGAGUGAAGGUCAAACAUUCAAUUCAGGUGAUACCGUUUUGUCAUGUCAGUUAUAUCAAGAUAAUUCUAUCAUCAUAGCAAAAGUCCUACAAGAAAAAACUAAUGCUAUUGCGUCGACUUCUAAUUAUGACAUUUUUGUGAAAACUCUUACUGGAAAGACGAUUACUAUAAAAGUCAAUUCUUACAUGGGUAUAGAUGCAGUAAAACAGUUGAUACGAAAUGUGGAAGGUAUUCCUCCUGAUCAGCAACGUAUAAUAUUUUCUGGAAAGCAACUAGAAGAUAAUAUGACUCUUGCGGAUUAUAAAAUACAAAAGGAAUCUACGAUUCAUCUAGUCCUACGUUUACGUGGUGGAAUGUAUCAUUUUACGAGUGGUCGACAAGAUUUUCAAAAUUUGCCUCAUACAGGAGCUGAUGCUAUUAAAAAUGUUCUUGCUUUCGAAUUUAAAAAUACGGAGAACCCUAGAGAUUUGUCACCAGCUGAAUUGCAAAAUUCUCUGUUACACGGGCAAUUUCUUCUUUCAACACUAUUUAAUGCAAGCAAAGAUUUCUCUGUAUCUGCUGAUAUCCCACAUUUAAAGAGCAUUAUAUUAUCGAACAUGACUGAUCAUGAAGAUGAAGAUGAUGAUGAAGAUGAUGAUGACAAUGAACAUGAUGUACUUAAAGAUUUACUUAUUCAAGAAGAAAAAAUGAGACUUAGUCAAGAAACUCAACAAUUAUUAUCAAGUAUUGAAGAUCGAAAAGAUAUUGAUUGGAUGGAUAUUAUAGCUGAUUUACAAACAAAUUUAAUUAAAAAUGCCAUUGGUAAAGAUGCUACAGAAGAUGAAAUUCAAUAUGGUUUAAGAAUAUUACGUAGUGCUCAUCAGUUAUAUUUAAAUGAUAGUGAAUUUCAUAAUUUAUCUCUUUAUGUUCGACAUAAUCGUGCUAAACAAGGAAAUCUUCAUGUUGGUGAUUUGGCAGUUGAUAUUCAAUUAUUAAAUAUGAAUGGUGAAUUUGUUUCAUUAUUAUCUUAUUUUCAUUUCAAUCGACCAUUAUUAAUUAUUGCUGGUUCAUAUACUUGA